CUAUCGCCAAUGCUUCGAGCGAGGAGCAACUUCUUGAUCUGCUGCUACUGCUCUUGUUCCUGCGAGAAGCCCAACCCACAACGAGUCGUCCACUUCGCGCGGCGGCGAUCUCUCUACUCUCCUCUCGCCGCGGCGAGCUCCUCCCUCUAUUGGCUACUGCUGAGGUGGGGGCGGAGGGGUAGGAGCAGGUGGGGAGCGGGAGCAGGAGCAGGAGGAGGCCAUGGACACGAUGCGGGGCGCACUGGAGCGGGCCAAGAUGCUGGUGGGCAUGGAGGUCGACGAGGAGUCCGCGCGGCCGCCGCCCGAGGAGCAAUCCUUCUUUGACGACAUCAACCGCCACUGCACCCUCAACACCACCCAGAGGCUGUACGGUUUCGCGAUAUGCUUGGCUGCCGGUCUGACGUGCACCUUCUUGUCAAUGCUUGUUUUCUUCAAUCCAGUGAAAUUCGGGGUAACAUUCACCCUUGGCAAUUUGAUGGCCCUUGGCAGUACAGCAUUUCUUAUAGGCCCCAAAAGGCAGUUUGAUAUGAUGCUUGAUUCUGUGCGAAUAUAUGCCACUGCGAUAUACAUUGCAAGCAUCAUAAUUGCUCUAUUCUGUGCUCUCUAUGUUCACAGCAAGCUGUUGACUCUACUGGCCAUCAUUUUGGAAUUUGGUGCACUUGUUUGGUACAGCCUUAGCUACAUACCUUUUGCCAGGUCAAUAGUUUCGAAAGUGAUGACCUCUUGCUUCGACACUGAUUUCUAGAUCAACCAUCCGUGUCUACCUGCCAUUGUUGGAAGAGUAGAUAUUGGUAAUUACAGAUGAAGAGGGAAUACCUCACCUCCCCCAACAAGCUCUUGUAAUCAUUGUGAAUCGAGUUAUGCAUUUAUGCUAGAAGAUCGUGUUAAUAUUAUCCAGUGUUCUCCCCUUUGUUCAUACAUUGGCACAUGAAUGCGCUCUUUUCUGUUUUGCUUGGGCUUUCCAUCUGUGAGAAAUGCUUGGCGCAUUCACCGUGGAUGUAGAGGAACAACAUUGUGAUAUCCCUGCAAUGGUAGUGUUGUUAUUGUGUGCACUGUUUGGUUGUUGAGGUUUGCUGAUUCGGUGCUGUAAAAAAUUUCACGAUGCA